AUGUCUUCAACCGCCGAUCUUGUCGAGUCUUCCAAGAAGCUCGCCGCCUACCGCGCCGUCGAGGACCACCUCCUCCCCACCUACAAGUUCGUCGGCAUCGGCUCCGGCAGCACCGUCGUCUACGUGGUCGAUGCCAUCGUGAGCAAGGGCCCGGCAUUCUACUCUGGUAUGACCUUUGUGCCUACUGGCAGCCAGUCAAAGGGUCUGAUCAAGAAGGCCGGCCUGAAGCUGUGCUACGUCGAUGAGCGGCCUCUCGUCAAUGGCGCCCCCGUGGCUCUGGACGUCGCCUUUGACGGCGCAGACGAAGUCGACGAAGAUCUGAACUUGAUCAAGGGAGGCGGCGCAUGCCUGUUCCAGGAGAAGCUCGUUGCCACUGCUGCCAAGAGGUUUGUAGCUGUUGCUGACUCUCGAAAGCAGUCACCACGGCUUUGCACCAAGUGGAAGACUAUCCCCCUCGAGGUUCUUCCACUUGCCGCGCCCGAUGUUCUCACCCGCCUGCGUGCCAUGGGCUCCCCUAACCCUGCGGUCCGGUCAGGCCUUCCCAGCAAGGCUGGCGAGUGUGUCACAGACAAUGGCAUGUGGAUCAUCGACGCGCCCUUCUCACCCUUGUUACUCCCCAAGGAUCUGUCAUCUACGGAGAAUGGAAAGGGGGAAAAUGGCUCCUGGGAGAUUCAGACGCUGGCCGACGAACUGCUCAAGAUCCCCGGUAUCGUCGAGAUUGGCCUCUUCCACGGCUUCAACGGCAACCAGGCCGCUGGGCUCGGCAAGGAAUUGCAGGCACAAAAACCCGUGGCCGCCUACUUUGGUAUGCCGGAUGGUCAGGUCCAGGUUCAGAACGCAUAG